UGGAAAUGGAAGUCAGUGUGUAAAUUGAAGAAAAUUUAUUAUUUUUUUUUUGUUCAUUCUUUAAUUUUUUUUUUUUUUAAUUUUAUUUUGAAUUUGGAUGACGGGCGUCACCAUCACCACAUAGUAGAGUAGAUGAUGAAAAAGAAGAAGCGAAGAAGAAGAAGAAUUUCUAUGAUGGGAUAUUGGGUAGGAAUGGGAAACGUAAAGUGGGGUGGUGGUGUGGUGAGAUGGAUUCACACAAAUUGGAUAUUCCUCAUAUCGUAUCCACAUAAACAAAAGGUGAGACCUGAUUGUGUCCUUUAACCGUGUUGUAUCCGUGUUGUCCUCGUGUCGUAGUCGCCCGGUGACGUUUUGGCAAAAUCUCACCGUGCAGUUUGGAGCUUCUCACUUUCAAACUGACAAAUAGCAUUGGGUUUCCAGCUUAAGCCCUCUGCACUGGUCAUCCAAAGGACACAACACAUGCGAGACACGACGAAGAGAGACACCGAAAGCCAUGACACGCAGUGAGGAUGAUAACGUCGAUCGACAUGUGUCGCAAUCUUUGUCGUCGUCCUUGCCAGCUUCAACUUCAUCACCACCGCCCACAACACUUCCACACUCAUCACUCCCACCAACAACAAAAACAACCAACUCCAACAGCAUCAGCUUUAGAAGGGCAAUCAGUCGACCACCAGCAAGGACGACAAACACCGUCGGAAUGAUAUUAACCUGCUUAAUUGGAUUAGCUCUGUCAGGAUAUGCGACGUAUGUUGAGAUCCGAGUGGAAAAGGAUGAUGACUAUCAGGCGAUGUGUGAUAUCAGUGAAAAAAUUAGCUGUACAAAAGUUUUCGCAUCCAGAUAUGGCAAAGGUUUUGGAAUUAUCGGUUGGAUUUUGGGUGAAGAAUCGUUGCUUAACACGCCUAAUGGUGAACUUGGAAUCGUAUUUUAUAUUGUAAUUGGCAUUUUGAGUCUCGUUGAAGGUUCUUUUUCAUCUAAAAUUCAACUAUUUCUCGCCAUUCUGUCAAAUUGCAUGUCAAUCUAUUUGGCGUACUUACUUUACUUUGUAUUGGAUAACUUAUGCGUAGUUUGCGUGGGAACAUACGGUGUGAAUUUAGUGUUAUUACUUUUAACCUGGCAGCGAUUAAAAUCAUUUGUGGUCACAGCUGCGCACUUUGAUGUUGAUGUAAAACUAGACUAAAAGUCACGUUCAUUUGUCGUUGUUAUUGUCGGUAGUAAGAGUCGUCGCCAACAAAAAUUAUAUAUAUUUUUCACCUUGUGAAUAUAAAUUAUAAUAAAAAUAAAAAUAAUUAAACAACAGAAUGAUGUUUUUUU